AUGGCUCUGGUCCUGCAGCUGCUGCUGCUCUCUGGAGCUCAGGGGGACCCAGUGGCGUCCGUGGAGGGCCAUUCUGGGGAGCUGGUGAAUAUCUCCUGCGUAGGAAUCUCGAACCCCAUCCGCUGGGCCUGGGCACCUAGCUUCCCGGCCUGUAAGGGCUUGUCCAAAGGACGCCGUCGGAUCCUCUCGGCUUCAUUGAGCAGCGGCCCCACGGCGCCGGCUGCGCAGCCCUUCGCAGGCCGUCUGCGCACCCUGGGCCCUGGCAUCGGGCGGCUGCAGCUGCUCCUGAGCGCGGGGGACUCCGGCACCUUUUACUGCAAGGGCGGCGGAAAGGAGAGCGGGACCGCGGUCCGCGUGCUGGAGGACAGGGCCGAUUGCAGGCCCCCGGAGGGGUGCUGGUCUUCGCCUGGUGGCUGCACAGGCGCUCCCUGCGGCACCAACUUGGACCACUCUCCAGAUUUGCUCUGCCCUCCUCACAAAGUGAGAGCCCAGCUGCCGCCGAGACCAAGGCCAGUAAUGGAGGAGCCCAAGCCCCCAGCCCAGGAGGACGGGGAGCAGAGCCUGCUGUAUGCCAACUUGGACCAGAUGGCCCUGAGAAACCCCCGCCGCCUGACCCUAGAGGUCCCUGCUGAUGCUUCCACCACUGUUUAUACAGUUGUCAUUUGAAGGAAAACCCUGACCCCCAAACCUCACAAUCUGAGGCUCACGGCCCUCCACGGCUGGCUCUCCUGCGCUAGGCCCCCCCCCACUCCCCCACCUGAACGCUAGCCCCCCACCUGAACACGGCAGGCACCAUGGGAUGGAAAUGAGUAGCAGACGGACUGGGUGGUCCCAGGUUGUCCUUGCCACGGAUCUGUCCCUUGCUUACGCCAACCGUCAUCACCGGCGCCCACCUUCAAUGGCUAAACCUGAUGAAGCCCUGCCUCUUGGCCUGAAGACAUCGAUGACUCCCAGAGUUUCCUGCCGGCUUCCUUUCACAGCCAAGCUUGGCGAGCCAGCUUGCCCUACCCCUGCGUCUCCCAUUCCCCCUCACUGUGCCUCCCUCUGCCCGGCUUCUGGCACUGCCAUCCUCUCCCUAAGGCACCAGUGACGGGUGUCCGGGAUGGGAAACGCUCUUAGGGCUCAUCCGUUUGGCCUUCCCUGAACCUUUCCUUCGCUACCUGUGACUUCCUUCUGCACUUCUCUCCCCGUCUCCCCCACCCACAGCAUUCCCAGCCGCCAUGUGGUUUCUCCCUCUCUUUCCUCCCCGGCUCUCUCUUCAGCGAAGCUCUCCUUCACAACCAGGCAUCUAGCCUCCAGCUCGUUGACUAACUCCCACUUCUCUCUCGAGCUCCCAUCUCAGGGCGGGAAUUUCCACAACUGUCCCUGGGACAUCCCUUGCCUGGCUGGCCCCUGGUGUCUUACACACAGCAUGUCCAUGGUCAAUGCCUCUGGAUUCUCGCUUGCUACGUUCCGCUUCCCAGGUCCGUCCAGCAGACUUCUUCUACCCUCACACAACAAGCCGCCAAGUCCUGUUUUUAAUCUUCUUACUACUGUCAAAUCCACAGCCGAGCUGCUGCCUGAACGCGCUUUCCUCAGCCCCCCACCCCCACGGCAGUCCUUCUAUCUUCUCUAGACUAGUCCUCCUCCUUGCAGCCAGAGAUCCUACCCCGCUAAGCUAACCUGUUCCCAUCUGAUGCCCUUCCUUCUGCAAGUGCUGUAUUUUUCUUCGUAGCCUUCAGCUCUGAGCUCAGGCUUUGAGGACAAGGAGUCCGAUAGGACUGUCCCCUCCCUGGACUCACCCCAUGUCACCAUUCUACAUGCAUUCAACAUGCCAGCCUUGGAGAAAUUCUCCCCAGCUCUCCAAAAUGCCUUUGCCCAGGCAAUGCCUUCUUCCCACCGUACUUUUCCUCCUCCUUCCCACUACUUGCUUAAUUCUUACUCAUCUUCAGGACUCGGUUCAAAUGUAACCUUUUCUGGGAAGCCUGUUAUGACCCUCCUCACUCUACCCCUUCCCACUCUCCUGCCUCCAGGACCCACACUCACAGCAAUAGCUUCCUGUGGCUUGUGUUCCAUUACAACCUGCACUUCAGCUUGCAACUGAAUUCCCUGCCACCAGGAGACUGACCCUUGUCAAGUCACUGCCUAG